AUGAUCUCCGAUCAAACUCGCCGGCAAAAAUCUCGAGAAGUGAGUUCCCGAUACCUCUCACCCAUCGUAGCACCACCAUCGCCGCCACUAGCACCGAACUCGAAACCAUCGUCAUCCACCAAACAGAAACACAAACACACUGGAUUUAUUCGGGGGCUUUGGCCUUCUUCCUCUACUCACUCAUCAAAAUCCCAAAAAGAAAAUCCACCAACCACCACCGGCGCCGCCACUCUUGCUGAUCACCUUGGUAGUGAAAGACGGAAAGAUGGAGUCAAAAGAUCCGGAAACUCGCCGCUUCUUAGUAAACAAAAAAGCUGCACGGAGUUCAGACGGUCGGAACACAAUUCCAAUACAAAAAGCAUCUUGAAAGAGUACCACUAUCACACCCCUAUUCACGGUGGAAAACUGAUGUUUUCUGGAAGAUCGUCCAUUUCAUCUUCCACAUCGUCUUCCUCCACAAGAUCAGCAGAAGUUUUUGAUUCGAACCAAGUUAUACUUCCUGGGAGAUUAUCAGUAGACGAAAACGCUCUUCGUCGGAGAUCAUCAUAUUAUGAGAUGAGAUCAGAUACCCUCUCCGAUAAUUCAGAAAGCAGUGAUCUUGGUUCUCCGUUUGCGACGAUUAGAAACUCCCCGUCUCCGGCAUCAUAUAUGGCUCCAACAAUGAGUUCUAGAAAGUCUCGAGUAAUUGAAGUUCCAUCCAUGCAUAAUUCUCCAAAUAAAUCUACACUCAAAACCGCCAUGAAAAGGGCAAAUUCGUUAUCUUCUUCAUCAGAAUGGGAGUCUUCCCCAUCAAGAUUCGGAUCACCAUCGUUUUCAAGCUCCAAGCCUCCUAGUUCUACUAAGAAGAAUCUUCUCCAUAUGGGUUUGGAUUUAAUUAAGGGUAAGAAAGGAGGAUCAAGGUUGGGUUUGGAUACCCGAAAAUAUAUGAUUGAAAGCGUUCAUCAGCUCAGAUUGCUGCAGAAUAGCUGGAUGCAAUGGAGGUACGUGAAUGCUAGAGCACAAGCUGUUCAUCAGAACUUAGCUGCUGAAUGUGAGAACAAGUUGUCAUGCACAAGAGAAAGUAUGACACGGUUGCGACAAUCUGUGGUACAAAAGAGGCUGCAACUACAAAAAGAGAAACUAGACAUGAAACUCAACUUGAUCCUACAUUCUCAAACCAAAAUGUUAGAGGCAUGGGAAAAGAUCGAAACGAGACACAGCGUGGAUGUUUCCAUAAUGAAAGAUUAUUUGCAUACCGUUGUUUGUAUGAUACCCCUUAUCGAAGGAGCCAAGGUGGAUCUUGAAUCAACUUCAAUGGCGUUCCAACAUACAUCACAUAUGGUUGCUACAAUCAAGUCUAUGUUAUCAUCGAUUUCACCCAAGGCUCACGAAACCAUCUCGACACUUUCGGAGCUAGCUGAGGUUGUAGCACGAGAGAAGUUGUUGUUAGAAGAAUGUUUUGAGCAUUUAAGAGUCAUUUCGACAUUAGAGAUCCAAGAGAGGAAUCUAAGGUGUAGCAUUAUUGCAAUGGAUUCACUGAAUCAGCAGCAGCAACAACAACAAAUGUAG